AUGAAGGCGAUCUGCUCGUCGUUGCUCCUGAUUGUCAGCGUUUUGACGUCUUGUGCCGCGGAAUGGAACACGAAGGACUACAUGAAACGAGAACAUUCUCUGAUUAAGCCGUAUCAAGGGGCAGGUAUGACAAUACCUUACUGGGAUUUUAUGGGGAGUACAAUGGUAACAAAUAAUUAUAUAAGACUAACACCAGAUUUACAAAGCAAGCAAGGUGCCUUAUGGAAUUCUGUUCCAUGUCAUGUGAGAAAUUGGGAAUUACAAGUUCAGUUUAAAGUACAUGGAAAAGGAAAAGACUUGUUUGGAGAUGGUUUUGUCAUUUGGUAUGCCAAAGAAAGGAUGAAGUCAGGCCCAGUAUUUGGAAAUGAAGACUUCUUCCAAGGACUAGCAGUGAUACUUGAUACGUAUAGCAAUCAUAAUGGCCCACACAAUCAUCAACAUCCUUAUAUCUCAGCAAUGAUCAAUAAUGGAUCCCUGCAUUAUGAUCAUGACCGUGAUGGCACUCAUACGCAACUUGCCGGAUGUGAAGCAAAGUUCAGGAAUUUAGAACACGAUACACACAUAUCUAUAAAGUAUGAAAGAGAUACUUUAACAGUUCUCAAGGACAUUUCUAACAAAGCUGCGUGGGCAGAGUGUUUCUCAGUGAAGGAGAUUAAACUUCCAACGGGAUAUUACAUUGGAAUUUCAGCAACCACGGGUGACCUCUCUGACAAUCAUGAUAUAUUGUCGAUUCGUCUAUUUGAGCUAGACUUACCUGAUGAUGUGAAAGAUCAAGAAGAUAGAUCUCAAAUUGUGCCAUCAGCAGCAUUCUUCGAUCCACCAAGAGCGCGCAUAGAAGAUCCGAAAGAGCCCAUGAGUGGUAUAAAGUUGUUCCUAGUCUUGCUACUUGGUGCAUUGGUAAUAAUAUCUUGUGUUAUCGGUCUCGUUAUGUUAUAUCAGAAACACCAAGAAAAUAAAAGGAAACGCUUUUAUUAAAUUAUUUUUUAGAUAGCAUGUCUUGAGCGUCGUAGGUUUCUUCCUUACCCGGGAUCUUUUAUACCUAAGAUAUAGGUUAUAAUGUGCUCAUAAGACUGUCUUCUUUGCUUUAUUUUUUCAACGAUAAAAGCAAGCCAAAAUUUUUCUUGCACUAAUAAAAUAUUCAGGGUAAACGAAGAGAUACAUAAUACACCAAUCGGUAUAAUACCUUUAACGCGUGAGUGUACCAUUUUACAAUUUUUCGCAAAAAAUUCAUCCUGCUGAAAUGGUAACUUCAUAUGAUAAGACUAUUACGCCGAUCUGUGUGCGCGUGUGUGUGUGUAUAUGUGCGAACAUUCUAACACUCGCGUAAAUUUAAGGAAUGUUGCUACAUUUAUACGUUAAAUCACAGUGCCAUUGAUUGAAUUUAAUAUACAUUGAUAUUAUAAGAGGACAGAACAUAGUAGAAUCGAAAAAGAUAAAAAUAAUUAAAAACAAGUUGGAAAAAAGUUGAAAAGAAGAGAUUAUAUAUAAAAUAUCAGAUAAAUUUCGACGAGGCGGCUGUGUGCAAGUAGAAUGGGAUAAACUGAGUUACGUAUCAUUUUGCAAAAUUCACGAUAGUUAAUGAGUAAUUGAUUAAUCCGUAAGCCAUUUUUUACAUGCUCGAAAUUAUCUUCAUACAUGCCUACGAAGUCCGACUUACUCGUUCCCGUGCAUUUAUUCGCUCAGAUAGAUUAAUUAAUUAUUCAUUAACUAUUGCAAAUUUUGAAAAAUUGUACGUGACUUUCCUACUCAAUUAAACGAAUUCUAUCUGCACACAGCCGCAUCGUCAAAAUUUUCUGAAUAUCUUGUAAUAGUUUGGGAGAAAUAUUAUUUUAUAUUCUCAAAUUAUUUUUCGUUUUUUCGAUUGUACCAUACAUUUGGUUCCAGUCUGUAUAGUUUCUUUACUAAACCCAUUAUUUCUUCGAAUGGCACGAGGAUUUGACGCAAUGAAUUUUUAUAAAUAUAACUCCCCCCUAAAGUGAUGCGAACGAAUGCGAACGGUAUGAUGGGAAUAUAUCAUAGUUAACUUGAAUGUACUGUCCUGUACAUAUUGCUGACUGUAUUUUAGAAAGGCCUUGGGAGAACUUGCAUGUAGUAUUUAUAUUAAUUUCAAGCAAAACGUUCAAGAUCUAUAUAGCAGCGUAUUUUUUUCUCUCAAAAUUCUUGUAGUUUUGAAAGUGCUAAUUUGAAUUAAACAAAUAACUUUAUACAUUUUAAGAAAGCAUCACAUGACCUUUUCGCUACGGACUACUAUAAUGGUAAUAACUGUUAAGCAUUAAAAAAUAACACUGUCUCUCUUCUAUAAAUUGUACACUUUUUUUGUUUGAAUAUCAUAAAUAAAAAUUCCAUUAAUAGAUUAGUUAUCAUUUUAUAUUAAGCUGCCAGCAGAGUAGUUGUGUUGCUCUGUGUCUAAUUCGGCCGUAGCGAAAAGGUUAAAGAAAUACGUAAGAAUGAUAACAAGAGACGCGGUAGUGUUUCACGUAAAGUAUAUCCAUGGAUGCUACCGUGUAUCUUUUUUUCGGGAAGAUUGGAAGAAUAAUCACAGACGCAUAUUUUAAGUAAAAUAUAUAGUUUCUACUUGCGCGGUUAUUCCUACUUUACAUUAAGUAAUUAUUUUCGUACACAGAUUAGAUGCGGUGGAAAAGAGACUUUAUUAACAUAGAUUUUAUAUCUGUACAUAAAGGAAAUUAAUAUUAAAGAAAUCAAAGAAUAAUAGACUCCGUGAAACUACGAAAAUCAAAGGAAAAAUAGACCAUCAAGAGCCAAAGCACGAAUAAAUUAGUACUAUGUAACAAGAAUAAAAAUACUCGUAUCUGAAAUAUUAAGAUGUCAAUCUUUAUUGUCAGUCUUUAUCGUGAUGAUGUUCAACAAUAAUAUUAAACGUUUCUGUCCUUAUCUGGACUCUUUUCAGUAGUAAGCCAGCCGACCUCAUGUGCCGCAGUGCCAUGCCAAUUCCAUUGUUAUUAUUGAAGAGAUUUCGGAUAAGGACAGGGACGUUGAAUAUUAUUGUUGAACAUUAUCACGAUAAAGAUUGACUACAUCUUAAUAUUUCAGAUACGAAUAUUAAUUUUCGUUACACAGCACUAAUUCAUCCAUGCUUAACUUCUUGAUGGCCUCGUAAUUUUCCUCUGAUUUUCAAAAUUAAUAUUCGAAACUCCCACAUUGCACGGUAACUGUUUACAAAGUACAUGCACACAUUUACAAAGUACAUGUGCUCACAACGUAAAACGGACUACUGCACAUUAUAACAUAUGUAUCUAAUACAUGAGGUGCAGUGUGGGGGAUUCUACUGUGUAUUUCGAUGUAAAACAAUUAUAUAAUAUGAUUGCAUAUUGUAAUUCUUUUAUGUGGAAAUUAAGAAGAAGGGAACCAAACUAUUUAAUAAAUGUCUUGUUAUCAA